CCUGUUUGCGGUGUAUAAAACGCCUGGUCAAGGUGCAGAGUAAUGCUUGCUGGAGAGAAGGCCAAAUAUAGGUCUCCUCCCCUGGCAGCUCCGCACGGAACAAGUACUCGACAAGUACUGUCCGACAUAGCCUGGAACUAACACACAUCCUUAGCAACCAGAGCUGCAAAAUCGAGUGCGAGAGAUCGAACAGGUAAUCUAGCGACCGAUUGCUCCUGCGGCCAUAAUGGACGGCGGCGACUUCUCCUGUGACAAGUUUCAGCCUCAGAAAUGGAGGAAAGACGUGUGUCGGAACUGUUACCAGUCGUUGAGGGUGCACGCCGGGAAGCCCGAGACUUCCCCGACCAGCCCCGGAGGAGUGGGAGGGAAAGACGCGAAGGUCUUCCAGAGGUUUCGCGUCAAUAAAGAGAAGGCCAUCGACCGUUCCGUGCCGGCGAGAGAGAGAACUCCGCAGAAGGAAAAUCUGGAGGGUAUAUCCGCUGGAAAAGUUGCCAGUGUUGCGGGGGACGCCCCCGGGGAUCAGAUGAAAUCUCCUUCCCCAGUGUCGCCUGCGGAAAAUUCCGUCUCACCCCUACCACCUUCGUCUUCGGUGAGAUCAGCUCUUUCGAAACCCCAGCAGCCCCCAGUUGGUUCCAGCGAGGGUGCCCCUUUCAUAUCUCCCAAAUCACCUCCCGCUGUCGUUUCCAAGCCGACCGCUAAUCAUGCACCUCUGGUUGCCAAGGUAACCCCACCCAUUGGAUUAGGAACCUCUUAUCCCAGAAGCACUGGCGGUGCAAAAGUCCCCUCUCGUCCGCCACCCCCUGCUUCUGCCAUCCACAAACUACCACCACCUGCUACUGCCGGUGCCACUAGAGGACCACUGUCGACCAAAAGACCCUCGCCCACCCCCCCUACCGCACCGGUCCAUUCUCCAACCAACGAAACCGAAACGGAACCAGUCUACGCUUUGCGUCAGCUUCCGGGCGGUGCUGAGAAUGAUUCCGACGCCAACAAAGAAGUUGAAUUGAAAACAGAAGUGAUAAAAGCUGAUAUCAGCCGCCAAGAAGAGGCUCUGGCAAAGGAAGAGGAAUUGAAAACAAACAAAGACCAGUCGAAAACAAACGAUUUAGAAGAGUCGGCAGACGUCUUGUGUUCUGAAGUCAGCGAGCCUUUAGUUGCUGAAAGUGAAACUCCUAGAGAGGGUCAGGGAGAGUGUAAUGGAGAGACAGUGGAGGAAGAGGGAGAAAGAGAGGGCGAGAAAAAGUUGGAAGAUGUAAAAGAGGAAGAAGAGAGGGUUACAAUAGACGGAGCGAUAGUGGAAGAAGUCAUGGAAGUUGUAGAAAUGACAGAUUCGGCAACUAAACUGGAGUGCUUAUUCACCGAACCAGACCCCACGGGGGGCAGAGUCGAUGAGGGGACAGAAAAUGAAGAAAUAAGGGGGUCGCAAAUUUCAGCCGGAGAGGAGGGGGUAGAUGGUGGACCUCAAGAAGCUGUGAAUGAAACAAGUGAGGUGAUGGAGAUGGAGAGAGAGGAGGGAGAGAGUCUGAAACUUGCCGUGAGUCAGCUGACAGAGGCGAGAACAGAUGAAGUCACUGAGUCAGGCGAAGUAGUGGACGUUGCUAGUACCGAGCCAGAUGGGGCGAUGGUAGCAGACGAGGAGGGAGAGGGAAAAGACGAGGGAGAUGGGGAAGGGACAGAUGGGGUCAUGAAGUCACUCAAGCGGAAACUGUCCAUCAAGAAAAAGCCAAAAAAGGCUGCGGCAGACGCUGCAGAAAACAGCUCAUCCACAGAACAAGGACCAGUUGAGCCAGCUCCCCCAGACGACGAGCCUGCCCCGCCUGCUGAGGCUGAAGCUCCUCCCCCUCCCCCGCCUCCCGCUGCUCUCCCACCUCCCCCACCUCCCCCACCUCCUCCUCCUCCACCUCCCGCGCCACUCCCCCCACCUGGUAGAGGUCGUCCCGUGAGGCCACCAGCUGCCGGAAACAACGCAAGAGAAGCAACACUGGCAGCCAUCCAACAGGGAGUGAGUCUGAGGCGGGCCCCGCGACCGGGAGAACGAGAGGGACCUGCUUUUUCGGCUCACGAUCAGCUCAUGGGCUCAAUUAGAGGGGGCGUGGCCCUGAGGACGGCGCCACGCCCACAGGAACGGCCUCCGGGCGGAGAGAAAGUCGUGGAUUUCGCGUCUGAGUUGAGGCAGAAGAUGAUGAAACAUCGCAGGCAAGAGACGCAGGGAGCAGUGGAAAAGGUCCAGGAGCAGCGAGAGGAGAUCCAGAGAAUGAUAGACGCUAUCCUAGUGAUGCAGGGGAGUCCUUCCUUCAUCCACCAACUGAAGUCACUCAUGGAACAGACCGAGGCUUUUCUACGAAGAAUCAACUUGACGGAAGAAAUUCUGCAGCAGAAAGCUCAGUGGCCAGCCCAACUGGUGACAGAUCUCCGUGAAGUGCUAGGAUACAUGGAGAGUAUGGAGUCGAAAAUAAGGGCAGCUCGGAGCCUCUGCGAUCAGACCAUGCAGGGGUCAAGUGGCGGAGUUUGUCAGUGGAGGGUCAAUUCACAGGCAGUGGAGCGAUGCGUUGCUGAUGUCGUCAAGAUUGCCAGAGAGUUGAAUUCAGACGAAUCGAGAUAUUUUCAAGCUUCACGGUCAUUUCCAGUGGACAGGGCAGAUCUCCAGUCCCUGGUCUCCAGAGCUGGUGACGCAGUCUCCCCGCUACUGGACAGGCUGUACGAAAAAGCCCUCCAAUCACACGAGGCCGUUUUUGACCCCACCGUCUCCAAAUACGACCUCGGAUUCCGUCUACAGAGUGCCCUACGCAUGCUCAGAAUGUGCUGUAAUAUGUCUGACACUCUUGCCAUGUACGUCUCUGUCCCUCGCCACGCCCACUAUUCCGAGGCACAGUUGAAGUGUCGUGAACUGGAAACAGAAUUCCAUAAGACCAUGAAAGUCCAAGAGCAACAGGGAGAAUGGGACACAGACGAGAUGCUGCAGCUUCAGAGCACUGAAACGGUACAUUCUGUUGGGUGGAGAGUAAUUUUUAAAUACAAGUGUAUGUAUGUAUGUAUGUAUGUCUCUCACUGUCUGUAGAGUUCAGAGGUCAAAGCAGAGACUGCCAUGGUAACGUCGUUACUGGAGGGUGUGGCUAGUGGAGGGGCAGAGCUUGAAGCCGCCCUGGCGGAGUUGACUGAAAAAAUGUAUUUCAAGAUCGAAGUCCAACUAGUCAAGGCUGCAGUUACUUCGGGAGACGAGAAGGUGAUAGAUGACGUAAUGUCCCUGAGGGAGAGGUUCUGUGGCGGCGAUGACAUCAUCAAACACAGACGGGAUUUUGAUUGGCUACUGGAAGCUGUUACCAAGGGCAAGAUGGAGAUGGUGGGGUAUUUGGUGGAGAAGCAUGGAUUGCCAAUCAACUGUCACAGUAGCAAUGCUGGGAACACGAUUCUGCAUCGAGCAGUCCAGAGGCAGGAUUUUCCAAUGAUGUCACAUCUAAUUAAAUUAGGGGCCGACCCUCUCUUGGGUAACACAGCAGGUCGUACACCAGUACAACUGCUCGCUCUCAAGUGUUUCCCUCCAAAGCACAUCAGAGCUGUGGAAGAAAAAGAACCUCUGUUUGACCUGUCGUCCUACAUCAACAGCCCUAACCUGAGUGACGUCGUCCUGGUAACCUCAGACGAUAAACGAUUCCACGCUCACCGACUGGUCCUCUGUGCACAGAGCCCUGUUCUCAAAUCAAUGCUGGACUCUGACCUCUGGACUGAGUCUAAAAAUAGAGAGAUCGCCAUGCCAAUGGUGAGUGGGCGUGUCCUCCAGGUGGUGCUGGAAUACCUGUACACUGGACGAUGUCUUUUUCCUCCAGACGACCUCAACCUGGGGAUUGAGUUGCUGGUGGCAGCUGAUCAGCUCCUGUUGGAGCCGAUGAAGAGAAAGUGUGAGAAGACACUGAGUGAGAAGAUAGACGUCGAGGUAGCCGUCCCGAUGUACCAGACGGCGUACCACUACUCUGCGUCACAGCUGCUGGCCUGUUCCUCUCACUACCUCCUCCUCAACUACAAGGAGAUACAGGACCCAGGUUUACUGUUUCAAGUCUUUGAAAAGCUGUCCUGUGUGUAGCUUAGUUGUAGGGGUCAGAGUGAGCCAACCCUCAAUAUACAACUCUUGCCAGUUUUCCUUCAAAUAUGUUCUAAGUGUCCUUAUAGACCAAAAAGCAGCAAGAGUUGUAUAUUGAGGGUUGGCACACUUUGUCUUGGGACCUCUUUGUUGACACUGUUUAUUGUGAAAUUGAAAAAUGGGCAGUGAAACUGUGACGAGACCAUCCAACUUUGGCUCUGUCCAACACUAAUGCAUCUGAAUAAGGCACACCUCUCAAUAAAGCACUCUUUCAAUGUGGGGCUCAAUGUAGAAGGAAAGAGACUUUUUCUUUUGGGUGUCGAACUCGGAUGUUGUCAUUCCUCCUGUCCCCCUCUUUUCUCUUCACGUGAUAAUUGUCCAGGUCACGAAGUGUUACUGCAGCUGCUACAGAACCAUUCUCCAGACCAGCGGUAGUUGCAACUUUCAGGAGUAGCCGAGUCAAGUGUUAUAAUUCAUUCAUCACUGACGAAUUUCUAGCGUGUGUAUGUGUAGAUGU